GUGCAACCUGGUAAAACUUCAGAAACGCUGGAUAAGCUUCAGAAUCUUGUUAAUUUGAAUGGACAAGGAAGCCAGAGGCAUACAGCCCAUGUAGGAAAGCCCCAUAAAGGUUCCAUAAUGCCUGUGAAGAAGAGGAAACUGCCUGAUUCUGAGGAACAAGGGCACAAGUGUAAAAUAACAAGCUUUACCCGUCCUCAGGUCCGAGGUGUUAAACCAAACAGUUCUGAAAGGCAGUUUUCCAGUAAAAGGUGCCUGGCCUGGUUCCACAAGUAUGCUGGUCCUGAUAAGGUGGUUGGUCCAGAAGCCAUGGAGAAGUUCUGUGAAGACAUUGGUGUGGAACCAGAGAAUAUUAUAAUGUUAGUUUUGGCCUGGCAUCUAGAAGCUGCAAAAAUGGGAUACUUCACUAAAGACGAAUGGCUGAGGGGAAUGACAGUACUACAAUGCGACUCUACUGAGAGGUUACAAAGCAAACUCGAAUACUUGCGCAGUGAGCUUAAUGACGCUGUAGCCUUCAAAAAUAUCUACAGAUAUGCCUUUGACUUUGCCAGGGAUACAAACCAGAGGAGUUUGGACAUGGACACGGCGACAUCCAUGUUGGCUCUGCUACUGGGAAGGACCUGGCCUCUUUUUCCUGUCUUCCGCCAGUUCCUGGAGCAGUCAAAGUAUAAAGGGUUGAAUAAAGACCAGUGGUACAACGUUCUAGAGUUCAGCAGGACCAUCAACACAGACCUCAGUAACUACGAUGAAGACGGUGCUUGGCCUGUGCUGCUAGAUGAAUUUGUGGAAUGGCAGAAGACGAGGUCAGCAUCUAGGCUGCCAUGCAUCACCAACAAAAGGGAAGGCGAGCGAAAACUAACCGCAGAAACUAAACAGCUGACAUGAGAACAAAGGCCGAUGCUGGUCUCACAAAUGCAAAAAAAAAAACCCAAGUAACAAAACCUGGACUGCAGACUAAUCGCCGUGGACUCUACCAUCAACAUCCUGUCAGAGAUCCUCUGCCCUCGGUAAACAGUUGCUGGGAGUCGUUUCUCUCGGAGUAGAAGUUCAUAUUUGUUUUCCUGGUGUUCAUUUGGAGAAAAUCUGGGGAAAUGAAAUCUGCUGAAAGAAUUGUGGAAUUUACUCCCCGGUUAUUGUUUUUGUUUCGUUUAUGUGUCUUGUUUAGAUGUUUUCACUGUUAUUAAAAGGAAUUCAAAAGUA